AUGGAUGGGUCCAAUCAGACCUCCUCCAUGGUGGGGUUCAUUCUCCUGGGCCUCUCAGACCACCCAAUGCUGGAGAAAACAUUCCUUGUGCUCAUCCUGCUGAUGUACCUGGUGGUCCUCCUGGGCAAUGGGGUCCUCACGGUGACCACCCUGGACUCCCACACGCACACGUCCAUAUACAUCUGUCUGGGAAACCUCUCCUUCCUGGACAUCUGCUACACAACCUCCUUGGUCCCCCUCAUUCUCAACAGCUUCCUGACCCCUGGGAAAACCAUCUCCUUCUCAGCCUGUGCCAUGCAAAUGUUUCUCUCUUUUGCCAUGGGAGCCACAGAAUGUGCGCUGGUGGGCAUGAUGGCAUUGGAUCGCUAUGUGGCCAUCUGCAAUACCCUUAGAUACCCCGUGGUCAUGAACAAGGCUGCCUACGUGCCCAUGGCUGCCAGCUCCUGGGCAGCUGGAAGUGCUGCUUCCAUGGUUCAAACAUCCCUUGCAAUGAAGCUGCCCUUCUGUGGGAACAACGUCAUCAACCACUUCACCUGUGAGAUCCUGGCUGUCCUGAAGUUGGCCUGUGCUGACAUCUCCAUCAAUGUGAUCAGUAUGGCGGUGGCCAAUGUGAUCUUCCUAGGGGUCCUAGUUGUGUUCAUCUCUUUCUCUUUUGUGUUCAUCAUUGCUACCAUCCUGAGGAUCCCCUCAGCUGAGGGAAGGAAAAAGGCCUUCUCCACCUGCUCUUUCCACCUCACAGUUGUGGUCGUCUUCUAUGGGACCAUCCUUUUCACGUACGGGAAGCCCAAGUCCAAGGACCCGCUGGGGACAGACAAAGAAGAUACUUCAGAAAAGCUGACUUCCCUCUUCUACUGGGUGGUGACCCCCAUGCUCAGUCCCAUCGUGUACAGCCUAAGGAACAAGCAUGUGAAGGCCACUGUGAGGAAACUGGUAUUUUGGAAAUGCUUCACCCAGUGGUGGUGGAGAGGUACUAAUGGUUCUAUGCUCCCUUGUUGCUCUCAUCUGAGAGUCUCAGAGAAUAAGAUGAAGGGACAACUUCAUCAAAGUUUACACAGGUAA